UCGUCGUAUUUGUCGUCACCGUCGUCGCCGUUAGCGUCGCCGUCGAUGUGAUCAUUGUUGUUGUUGUUUUCGCCUCGAAACAAACCUUUCGCGCCACCACCAGUCAUUGUUGUUUGACUCUCAUAAUCAUCAAAUCGUUUUGAUUCUUCAGUUAUUGGAUUAUGCCAUCCAUCAUUGUUGUUCAAGUUUUAGCACUGAUCAAAAACGACUGAUCGGGAGUCUAAGAUCGCGUUCCGCGCGGUGAUUUCAUGCGUGCCCGAACGCGUGUAUAGGUGUGCGAGGAAGAAGAAGAAGUGAAUCAAAACUGUGUUACUGGUGGAAGUGCAACUGCAGGUUCAAGUCUGUUCGUAGCCCCCCUUCUUCGCUCAAAAUCCGCGCGUGAGAUGCAGAAAGGUGAAAUCAUAGAGUGGAAUAAACAACAGCAACUGUAAGCGAAUUUUAAAUGUCUGCCCACCGCCACCAGUACAAGGAUUCGCAUUCGCCCACUGACACUUCUAAUGGAAGGGUGCUUGGUACCGCGAUCCGUACCACCGUUCGAGCACUGGCUGUGGGUCCCACCAAUAAAAUCGAGGCCAACCUGCCGCUGGCAAUCCUCCGAUGAGCAAUAACCCUUCCACCGGAACCGGAAACAGGAAAAGAGUUCAUUUUUUUUUUAUUCGUUUCAAGUCGACCAUUCCAAAAGAAGCAAAGUGCAAUCUCAGUGGGGCUAUUCCGUGCCGGAAAGUGUGUUUUAGUGAAAUAAGAGAAGAAGGAGAAUACGCCCCCAACGCGGGUGAAAAUUAGUGCCACAUACACGGAAAGCCUAUUGAGGAAAAUCUAACCAGUGCGAAAAUAAAAAUAAAAUGAAGAGGAAAAAGUCCUUCGUUGCCAAAGUACGUUGUGAUCCACGAGAGAAGUAUCAGUGCACCUCAGCUAGUGCAUAAGUAUUGUAUAAGCUUUAGUGUCCAUCCGAUGGGUUUAAAACAAAUAAGCAUAAAGUUCAAAAGUGUGGAAAAAUGAUAAUUUAAACAAAAUCGCAUGACAACUGCCAAUUACGGCUGAAGCAGCGUGUUCGGUUCCAAUCGUUAUUAGAAGUGUAGUAUAAGUACCAGUAGUGAAUGUAAAAAAGUUCCACCACCGAAAAGGAAAACUUCUAUCCCACGUAUUUCUGUACAAAAAGUGUCUUUGCAAGUGUCCUUAGUCCGAAGAGCCGCUGUUCUUUUCUUUUUCCUGUUGUUGAAUAGUGGCAUUCCGAGGGAAAACGAAACAAGUCACUUCAUACAUAGUUUAGCCGUUCUAGUAUUAGUAAGUGCUUACCGUCAGUGCAAGCAAAUUGGGGCCAAAUUUCUCCUUCAGCUUUAGUGGACGAAUAAGUCAACGUUAGGAUUACAAUACUACAACCAACGAAUCAACAUAAGUAGGAUAUAGCUGCAAGCAAUAGCCGGGUAGAAGAAAACGGAAAUCGAAUCAACCAAGGUGCCAACCGCCGGCGAGUGAUACGAGUCAAUAAGUUGUACCAAGUGCAUAGGAGAAAGCAACGAGCGCGGGCACGCUGUCGAUAGAUUUACGAGCCAAUAUGGGCAAAAACAACCAGCCAGCGGAUAAACAACAAAAUGAACGUAGAAUACGAGCCAACGAUAGAGAAUACAACACACAAUUUAAAUAUGCGAACAACUACAUCAAAACGUCCAAGUAUAGCGUUUUAACGUUUCUGCCUUUAAACCUACUGGAGCAGUUCCAACGUCUUGCCAAUUUUUAUUUUUUAUGUCUCCUGAUCCUGCAACUGAUACCGGCGAUCUCCUCGCUGACACCGGUGACCACGGCCAUCCCGUUGAUCGGGGUGCUAAUGCUGACGGCCAUCAAGGAUGCGUACGAUGAUUUCCAACGUCACAUGUCCGACUCGCAGGUCAACAACCGCCGUUCGAAGGCACUUCGCCACGGGAAGCUUGUGGACGAGAAGUGGUCCGGCGUACAGGUCGGGGACAUCAUUCGCAUGGACAACGAUCAGUUCGUGGCGGCCGAUAUCCUGCUGCUGUCUUCGAGCGAACCGAACGGGCUGUGCUUCAUUGAAACGGCCGAACUGGACGGCGAAACGAAUCUCAAGUGCAAACAGUGCCUGGUGGAGACGGCCGUCAUGAGCGAGCAGGAGGACCUGCUGUGGAAGUUCAACGGGGAAAUUGUGUGUGAACCACCGAACAAUCUGCUGAACAAAUUCGAGGGCACCCUGACGUGGAAGAACCAACGCUAUGCGCUGGACAACGACAAAAUCCUGCUGCGGGGUUGCAUCAUCCGGAACACCCAGUGGUGCUAUGGCGUGGUGAUCUUCGCCGGCAAGGACACCAAGCUGAUGCAAAACUCCGGGAAAACCAAGUUCAAGCGGACUACCAUCGAUAGGCUAUUAAAUUUUAUAAUUAUAGGGAUAGUAUUUUUUCUUUUAUCCAUCUGCGGAUUCUGCACGAUAGCGGCCGCAAUAUGGGAAGCGAUAGUAGGCUAUAAAUUUCAAGAUUAUCUGCCAUGGGAAAACAUAAUUCCAAAGGAUUAUCUACAGGGUGCUACCAUCAUUGGAUGUCUAGUCUUUUUUUCCUACGCAAUUGUACUGAAUACAGUGGUGCCAAUUUCAUUAUAUGUUUCGGUCGAGGUGAUACGUUUUGCGCAAUCCUUUCUAAUCAACUGGGACGAGAAGAUGUACUAUGACCAGACGAAGACCCACGCCAAAGCGCGGACGACGACACUGAACGAGGAGUUGGGUCAGAUUCAGUACAUUUUCUCGGACAAAACGGGAACGCUGACACAGAACAUCAUGACAUUCAACAAGUGCAGCAUAGCGGGCCGGGCGUACGGCGAUGUGAUCGACCUGAGGACCGGCGAAGCGGUCGAGGUGUCCGAGCCUACAUUCAACAGCAACACAUCGCUUUUACUAAACGCCGAAGAGCCACCCGGUCGCAGCACACCACAGCCAAGCUCAGCUUUUACCGUCGACACCGCCACCACCACCAAAAAUACAGUACCCUCCACUACUAGUACUUCGACGACGCUUAGAAACUCAAACUACGACUAUCAAGUACUGCUACAGCAAGAGCAACCCCCACCACAAUCAGUCAGUCCGAACACGACACGAAACAAUAGCAAUCUCACAGGCACGGCCAGUAGUAGUAGUAGAAAACAGCAUCAUGCCUCACUACACGUUAGAUUCAGCCCGCACAGUAGUAGCCACGAGACGAAAACGAUAACCACGCCCAUCCCCGCGAAACCCCCCGAUUACUAUGAGGCGACAAAGGCGUCGACGGCGGCGGCGGCGACGGUGGCCUACGGUGGUGGUGCCUCUAGCGGCACCAGUAUAAGACAUUCGCAAAAGUCCGAUCUUACCGCGAUGUUAGAUAACACUACAACGACCUCCACAACGACGACGAUCUCGACGACCACUGAGCCACCUAGCGGGAGUAAUGCGCAAGGAGUGCAUGUCACCGAACCGGUGGAUUUCUCCUUCAACCCGGAAUUCGAGCCGGACUUCCGGUGGUACGACCAGGGUCUGCUGGAUGCCGUCCGGGCGGACGAGGAGCACGCUCACAACUUUUUUCGCCUGCUUGCACUGUGCCACACGGUGAUGCCGGAGGAGAAGAACGGGAGGUUAGAGUAUCAAGCACAAAGUCCUGACGAGGCUGCGCUCGUUUCGGCGGCCAGAAAUUUCGGAUUCGUUUUCCGAUCCAGAGCACCUAAUAGUAUAACAAUCGAAGUAAUGGGAAGGAUGGAGGAGUACCAACUGUUGAGUAUUUUAGAUUUUAAUAAUGUUAGGAAGCGAAUGUCGGUGAUACUGCAACGCAAUGAUACCAUAAUACUGUACUGCAAAGGGGCCGACAGUGUGAUAUAUGAUAGGUUAGGACGUAAUCAACAGGACCUGAAGGCUAGGACCCAGGAGCAUUUGAACAAAUUCGCCGGUGAAGGUCUGCGGACACUUGUGCUAGCCGAACGGAGGCUAACUAAGGAGUUCUUCGACUCCUGGCUGCUGCGACAAAGGGAAGCUGCCUUAUCGCUAGACGGUAGAGAGGAUAAGUUAGGUGUAAUCUACGACGAAAUCGAAUGUGAUAUGCAACUGGUCGGUGUGACCGCCAUAGAGGAUAAGCUUCAGGACGGGGUACCGCAGACGAUUGCCAACCUGCAGAUGGCUGGUAUCAAGAUCUGGGUGCUGACGGGGGAUAAACAAGAAACGGCAAUCAAUAUCGGUUACUCCUGUCAGCUACUGACGGACGACAUGGUGGACGUAUUCAUCAUCGAUGGUCUAACGAAGGUCGAGGUGGAACAGCAGCUACGGAAGUACAUGGAAUCAUUACGAAUUGUAAAUACCUAUCAUCCUACGACCAUGCCGAAGAACUCCCUUAACCAAAGUAGUGGCCUGACGACGGGUCCGACGGCCAACGGUGGCAACAGUGGAAGCUCGGGGCCGAUGAUCGAGAUCCAGAACUCGUCACCGCCGUCGGUGUCGGUGGUAACCUUUAGGUGGGAUAAUAGACAUAAAUAUACAAGUAUAGGAGGAAGCGAGGAGGCGUCGGACAGUGUAAACUGUAGCAACUACACCGAUGGGCUGGGCAAAACGGACACCUCGAUGUCCGAUCUGGACGAAGGUUCCGGCGUGGCGCUGGUCAUCAACGGUCACUCGCUGGUGCACUGCCUGCAACCGGACAUGGAGUCCAAGUUCCUAGAGAUUGCUUCGCACUGUCGGGCGGUCAUCUGCUGCCGGGUGACUCCGCUGCAGAAGGCCAUGGUGGUGGAGCUGAUCAAGCGGGCGAAAAACGCCGUAACUCUGGCCAUCGGCGAUGGCGCCAACGACGUUUCUAUGAUUAAAGCUGCCCACAUCGGCGUUGGCAUCUCGGGACAGGAGGGCAUGCAAGCCGUCCUGGCUAGCGAUUACUCGAUAGCUCAGUUCAAAUUCCUCGAAAGACUGCUACUGGUACAUGGACGAUGGUCCUACUAUCGGAUGUGUAAAUUUCUGCGCUAUUUUUUCUACAAAAACUUUGCAUUCACGUUGUGCCAUUUUUGGUAUGCAUUUUUCUGCGGCUUCAGUGCUCAAACGGUGUUCGAUCCGAUGUUUAUAUCCGUGUACAAUCUGUUUUAUACGUCGUUACCAGUGCUAGCGUUAGGUAUUUUUGAACAGGACGUUUCGGACAAGAAUAGCGUCGAUUAUCCGAAGCUCUACACCCCCGGAAUCACCAAUGCCUUAUUCAACACGACCGAGUUCAUCCGGAGCGUACUGCAUGGGAUCUUCAGCUCGUUGAUCUUGUUCCUGAUACCUUACGGUACCUACAAGGACGGAAUCUCCCCAGACGGCUACGUACUUAACGACCAUAUGCUGUUGGGAUCGGUGGUUGCCACCAUCCUGAUUCUGGAUAAUACUGCCCAAAUCGCCUUGGACACUUCCUACUGGACCGUGUUCAACCACAUUAUGAUCUGGGGUAGUCUGCUGUGGUACUUUUUCCUGGACUACUUCUACAACUACGUCAUCGGAGGUCCGUACGUUGGCUCGCUGACGCAAGCCAUGAAAGAGGCUACCUUCUGGUUCACCACGGUACUAACCGUGAUCGUACUGAUGGUACCGGUCCUGGCGUCCAGGUUCUACUUUGUCGAUGUGUUCCCUGGCCUAUCGGACAAGAUUCGAGCCAAGCAACGGCUAGCACAGCUCCGAUCCAGGCAAAGCAACGACGUCCUUCGAACGCCGUCAGCUCGUCGAGGUAGAAGAUCACUUCGAUCCGGGUACGCGUUUGCCCAUCAGGAAGGAUUCGGUCGGCUCAUCACGUCCGGUAAGAUCAUGCGCAAGCUACCGCAGGACUUUGCCUUCCCUCUGGGGCUAGGCAGCAAGAAGCAACAGCAGGCCAAUACGAUCGCCGCUGACACCGGGACGCCCGGUAAGACCAGUAUCAACAGUGUCAACAUCGGUGGCAACAAUGGUAACGGUAAUACCAACAACAAUAACAACAACAAUACCAACAACGCCAACAAUGUCAACGCAAGCGGUAACAUUACGAUCAACGGAAAUCAGAUCACCAACCUGCCCGGCAGCUCGAAUAGCGACCACAGUCCGCGGGCACCCUGCCAAGAUCUGGACACGAUCAAUCUUUGAGCGGAUGAGAGAGAAAGAGAGCAAGCUCAGGUGUGAGAAUUUUAGUCGAGGACAAGAAUUAAAGUUACCUGUUUAAGUUAGGGAAUGGAUUUUAGCGAAUAUAUCGAAUCAAGGCUCUCGAGGGAGGAUUUGCGGCAUGAGAUAUCACGAUUAAGGUUAUAUUUUUGGCUGUUCUUCAAGAAACAAAUUGAAUUUAUUGCCCAGACUUCCAGGAUAUCAACGGUUUGGAGUUCUGUCGAAAUCGAAUAUUUAGCUGAGAAAUGGUUGAAGGGAUACGGAAGUGAUUCAAUUUCUUGGGAUUAUGUUUAAACAUUCAAGUAUUAUGCGCGAAAAAGAGUUAAAAAUGUGCGGAGAAAUUCUUACAAGAUGAAUAGAAGCAACCAAUCUGCAGAUUAAUUUGAUGAUCAUCCUGAUCGUUUCGGUUACACUGGCGACCAUUUCUGUCAUACUGAUUACCGAUUCGAUCUUCUUGACGGUCGUCCAGGUUACAAUCAUCCUAGUAAGCGUUUCGGUCACACUGGUCACACCGACGUUUCGGAAAUCCUAAUGACUGAUUCGAUCAUACUGAUGUCCGUUUCGACCAUUUUGAUGAACUUAACCAAACUUGAUGUCCGGUACGGUCUCCCUAAUGAUCGUUUAGGUCAUACUGAUGACCGUUCCAGUGACACUGAUCGUAUCGAUCAUUGUGAUAAACUGCGGUAAUCUUAUGUAAUAACCGUUUGUAAUCUGCGGCAAUCUUAUGUAAUAACAUUUUGAUGACCGUUUCGACCAUCCUGUUGAUACUGAUGAUCAUUUAGGUCAAACAAAUUACCGUUUCGAUUAUCUUGAUUAAUGUUGGUCAUCCUGAUCCAUGGUACUGCUAAUUCGUUUCGAUCGUACUGAUGAUGAGUUCAGUCAUACUGAAUCAGUGUCUGUUUUUAUCAUUUACCAUCGCACGAAACGAGUAGCGCUUCAACCCAGUGUAGAUGAAUUGCGUUCGUUUUGAAAAUCUUCGUUGUCACGUACGGGUGAGCUGAACAAAUGAGUUCAUUAUACAUCAGUGAAUACGCGUUUGUUGAUAUUCACCAGUGCUUGAUUAUGCUACCCAAAAUUGUCAAAAUCAGAAGUGAUCCUCAAAAGCAAAGCAAUAAAUUUCAUUUUGGGCAACAGAUUUCCUAGGCAUUCUGUUUUCCGCACUUUUCCUCGUCCCAACCGAAGAAGAGAAAUUCAGAGAAAGCAUGAAAACUUCAGCAAAGUCCACGUAACUUGAGAAAAACUGUGAAUACUUUAUAGAAAUUCCAAGAACCGCAGACAAGUUAGGUCCAGAGAUCUUCGGACAAGCUCAGAGAUCUGUAAGGGUUAGUUUCGAUUAAUUCUGAACAGCUCCACGAAUUCCACGAAAACUUCAAGAAGCUUUGAGAGUUCUGGGAAUUUCGGGAACGUCCAGACAUUUGCUGAGAAAUUUAGAAAUAUUCAUACAUAUUUUGAGAACUUUACAGAAGUCCAGAUAUUUGUAGAGAAAAUCUUCAGGGGAAGGUUCAGGCACAGACAAACAGACGUAACUCUUUGAAUAAAAUUAUCUACUAAACAUAGUACCGCUAAACAUAGGACUCCAGUAACGACAUCUCGCGAGCUUCUCGCGGAAAACAAGCUUGCUCGCUGAUUCGCAAACAAUGUUGCAUGCAAGAAAAACCGAAUGUAUAGAAACGUCAAAGUAAUCCGAUGCCAGCGCUGCGACGAGUAGUUCACGGAAACAAUAACAUUCAAACAAAUCGUUAAAGGCGCAAACGAUGAUCUAGAUGAUUAUGAAGAGUUACGUCUGUUUGUCUGUGGUUCAGGUGAGCUUUGAGAACAUCAGAGAUGGUCAAUGACCCUCAGUUCAGUUCAAUUAGCCUUACUAGAAACUAGGAAUGUCUUAAAAUUACCAUGAGGAUGCAAAGAAAAAGACGACGAAGAGGAUCUGUCAAUGUUACCUAUAGGACCUAAUGCAUAGUUCAGCUUGUUAUGCUAAAUCAGAGAGUAACCAGCUCUAAAUUUACCGUGACUACAAUACAAGUCCCUGGCAAGGUGACAGAUAACCUUAAUUUCACGUAACCACUUGCAAAUAGUAGAUGUUGCCACACAACGUAAACAAAGGCAUUGUCCUUCACCACCGUAAUGGUAUUUUUCUAUGGGAAAUCAACUUUUUGUUUCCCCAUGUGUGGAUGUCAAAUAACAGGCAAGUAUGUUAUAUGAAAAGAGCGAAUUUAUGAUUUUCGUGGUGAAAUGAAAUAAAUCAAAAUGAAUUGAAACCGAUUGAUGGAGGUUCAUUUUCUUAUAUAUCAGCCUUCAGAUUAUGUUUUUGAUCAUAGUUGUGCGAUGAUGAAGGCUUGCCCUAGGCCGUAUGUGUUCUUCUGAUAUGCAAAAUUUCUGAAACUGAACUGAAAAUACUAAUUAAUCACCACAAAAUUUCAACGUUGGGAAAUACAUACUACGAACGGCUUGAAAAUAGAAUCAUAAUGAACAUCUGCAACAUUCAUCAACAUGUUUUUUUUUUGUAACAAUCAGGACUUAUUUUGGAGGAGGAUGCAGUAAGCAUCCAUCGCAAUAUCCUGAUAAAAUUGUUCAUAGACUUUUAUUUAAAACGCUGGCUUGAGGAACAUGACAAAAACUUUUGCUGAAAUUGUUGGAAUUUUCUUAAAAUUGUAGGAAUUUCCUUGAAAUUGUUGGAAUUUCUUGAAGUUUGGUGGAAUUUCCUUACAAUUCGUGAAAUUUCCUUACAAUUCGUGAAAUUUUCAUGAAAUGCGUUGGAAAUUCUUCGAAUUUCAUAGGAAUUUCCUUGAAAUUCGUAGGAAUUAACUUGAAAUUCGUAAGAA